GCUAACUUGAUUCCGCUGUCAUGCUGCUGCUUUCUGUGUUUACAGUGAGCUCGCCGCAGAAGAGUUUUGUUGGGAAACUUGGAUUUAAUAUGUUAUUCCUUUCACCAUGAAGCUCCGUGUUCGAAUCUUGAAGCAGACCAGUAAGGUGGAGGUACAGGGAGAGGAGCCCAGUUUAGCUGAGCUCAAAGAUCACAUCAAGGAGACACUUUUUCCCCUUUUCAACCUCAGUGAAGACACAGAGUUCAGUUUGUCCCUGAAUGGCUCAGAGAAUCUCUCAGACACCGGGCAGACUUUGUCCUCAUGCGGCAUCGUGUCUGGAGAUUUGAUCUGCGUCAUUCUGCCACAGUCUGCAGCUGCAAAUUCGACCCAAAACAGCAACUCCACCAGGCCCAGCUCGUCCUCCACCUCUACCACAUCAGCCUCUUCAAACUCUGUCAGCUCAGGAACGAGCAGCACAGACACAGAGAGAAACACCAGACAGAUGGCUGAAAUGUCCCAUGACCAGGCCAGCAGCAGCCUCUCUGCUGCGUCAUCAGACUCUGAGGGGUUUGCCGAGGACUCGUCCUCCGGCCCGUCUUCGUCCUGCUGGGAGCCGAUGCUGUGCAGCGAGGCUGAGGACGGUCAGGCUCCUCUCUCAUUGGAGAUCCUAUUCCACUCAGCCCAAAUCACAAGUCCCAGCGAUGCCGUCAUGGUGGCGGGGAACCAGCUGAUGAUAGAGGCCGGCUUUGUGCCUCAGGCCUGUGGGCUGAAGGCUGGUGAGAUGCCCUCAGGUUGGAGGUCAGCAGGUGGAGUCUACAGACUUCAGUACUCUCACCCUCUCUGUGAGAACAGCGUGUUAUCUGUGGUGUCUGUGUGCAUGGGCCCAAAGCUCGUCGUCAAUGCGACUCUAAAGGUGAACGAAACCGUCGAGACGAUCCCCAAAUUCGACCUGAACCCCAGCAGCUAUGUGACUGACCAGUGGCCAGGAGAGAGUGCAGCUGCAGCCUUUAAAGAUCUGAAGAAACUGUCCCGGAUAUUUAAAGACCAGCUGGUGUACCCGCUGAUCGCUGCAGCCAGAGCAGCGUUGUCUCUGCCGGUGGCGUUUGGUCUGGUCGCUCUUCCUCCUGAACUCAUCCUCAGAGUCCUCAGACUGCUGGACGUUGUCUCCGUGGUCAGACUAUCGUCCGUCUGCAGACAGCUCAACGUCGCCACUUCAGACUCGACGCUGUGGAGACACCUGUACCACCGAGACUUCAAAGAUUCAGACCGGAGCAGACCCAGAGACACUGACUGGAAAAAGCUUUACAAACGCGCCCACAAACAUCGCUCUGACCGCCGCCGUCUGCCUCACCCUCGCUCCCUUCCUCCUCUCCCCUAUAACCCCCCAGGAAUCUUCCAACCCUUCCCCCUCCCACUCCCCCUCCACCCUCCAAUACCGGGCAUCAUCGGGGGAGAGUACGACCAGAGACCAGAACUACCCCCAGGCCUCCUGCCCCCUCAACCUCGCUUCGACCCCAUCGGCCCGCUCCGGAACCAGGAGAGACGAUCUCAGAGCGACUUCCGCAGAAACACGCCACUGGGGGGGCGGCCUGCAAACAUACGACGCGGGUUCAUCUGAUUUUAGAAUAAAACAGAUCAGAGUCUGAUGUUUUUGUUUGCAUGAAAAAACUGAGAGAGAGGAUGUUUUUUCAGGAGAUAAAGUAGGAAUAAAGAGGCGCUUUAAAAUCACAAAAGCUGCUGGAAAAGCAGGUUUGUUAGAUACUUAAUGAUACCAGACAGUCUUUAGUUGCGGUUUUCCAACCUAGGGUCCAGGCAGGUCGCAGGGCUCGGUCUGCUCUGGUGUUGUCAAACUUAGUCGUGCAUUUAUUUUAAAAAUCAUGAUUAGAAUCAUAAUGUACGAGGGGCGCAGAUGGCCUCUUGGUUUAAGGUGCGCCCCAUGUGCGCGGUCAGCCCAGGUGGACCAGCCUGUGGCCCUGUCCCGCAUAUCUCUCCCCAGCUCUCUCAUCCCUGUGUCCGAAUCAAUCCACUGUCCUCCUCAGUCAAUAAAGGCAUAAAAAGCCUAAAAAUAAAUCUUUAAAAUAAAAACUAUGUAUGACAUUGUAUCAGGGCCACCCUAAAAUCCAUUAAUUUUUGAGAAAAAGGGCAAAAUUCUCGAGAAAAAAAUUACAUUUUUGAGAUUAUAAAGUCUUAUAUUUAUUAGAAAAUAAACUCAGAAAAUUGAAAAAUGAAAUUUAUGUGUUUUAAAUGUCUUAAAUUUUGACAUUAGAAACUCAAAAAAAUUGAAGAUUUAAAGUAAUAAACUUACAACACUGUAAACUCAAAAAUUCUCAUUAAACCAAACUGAAAACUUGUGGUUGGUUUUUUAAUUAAUCUCAAAAAUUUGAGGUUUUAGUUCAUGCAAAUAUAAAACUUUUAAAAUGAAAAUAAUGUACAUUUUUGUCUUGUACAUUUAUGACUUUUAUUUGAUUGUUUUUCUUCUAAAUUAAUGACUUUUUAAGCUUGAGAAUAUCCUUUUUUUUCCUGAAAACUUACAGAUCCUCUUUAUUAUUUUCUUUUUAGAGUGGCCCUAAUAUUCCUUUGUCAUAAUUGGUCCCGGGUGGCUUAGCUUUUCUUAGAUAAGAGUAUGGUGAGCUCUUUGUUGGGAACCACUGGUCUAUAGUAUCUAAAAGUACCAAAAUCUAAAGAACAGCUUCAUCUAUUGCCUAGAGAGGUGCUGCAAAAAUUGCAAAAAAUCCCUGCAGUUUUAAAGGAUGUAUGAGUAUUAUUUGCCAUUUUUGCUUAUUUUGACCAUUUAAUCUACAAUUUUAAGUAGUCAAAAAUUAAAAAAUUAUCCAGUAUUAUAAAGUAUUUUAAAAAAUGAGGAUCCAACUGCACCAAACCCUCAAAAAAAAAAAAAAUCAAAACAAAAUGGCAGAAAACUCGUGUACAUGCUGUCUAAAUUGCACACAAAUGUUGAUGACUCUUCUGUGGACAGUGAGCAGGAAUUUCCUGACAACUGUUGGUAUUUAAAACAAAAACAGUCCUGUAUUUGUUGCCUUAGAUUUCUAUUGUGUUUGAUUUCUUUUUUUUUUUUUACUAGAAUUAAACUGUGGCUUAAAGCCUUGGUAUCAGGACUCGAUCGAGGCGUUUCCAGCAUUCUAAUGUGAUGCAGAAACUACAGAGACGCUCAGCUCUGACCUUGAAGAAGUCGAUGUUUCAG